AUGGAAGCAGUUAAUUGGGCCCGUGACUUGCAGGACUCACCGCCUAAUAAACUGCAUGCUCGCGAAUUUGCCGAAGCAGUUAAAAGUAAAUUCAAUAAAGCAAAAAAUGUAGAAAUAGAAAUUCUGGAUAAAAAGCAGAUUGAAAAAAAUAAAAUGGGUUUACUGUUGGCAGUUAAUGCGGGUAGUCAUCAUGAACCACGAGUAGUAAUUUUACGUUAUUUUGGUGACGUAAAAAACAAGAAGAAUAUGCUUGGGCUAGUGGGAAAGGGCAUUACUUUCGAUAGCGGUGGUUAUGAUUUAAAGCCUUCUCAGUAUUUACAAUGUAUGAAGUUUGACAUGUCUGGAGCCGCAGUGGUUUGCGCUUCUUUUUUGGCCUUGGUUCAAAAAAAACCAAAAAUAAAUGUGAUAGCAGUGGCUUGUUUAACUGAAAAUGCGAUUGGCGGACAUGCCACCCUUACAGAAUCGGUUAUAACCUCGAUGAGUGGUAAAACAGUGGAAAUCAACAACACAGAUGCGGAAGGCCGUUUAGUUCUGGCUGACGGAAUUACUUAUGCCCUUCAGAAAGAAAAGGUAACCAAAAUAAUUACUGUGGCAACUUUAACUGGAGCCUGUGUGCUAGCCUUGGGGGAAAAUAUUACCGGAGUUAUGACUAAUAAUCGGGAAUUUUAUCAACAAUUUAACCAGGCGAGCCAAAAAUCUCAGGAAAGAAUUUGGGAAUUACCACUUUUGCCAGAAAAUACCAAAAACUUAAAAGAAAAUACUACUAUUGCUGACCUCGGUAAUAUCAGCAAUAGUCGCUACAUGGGGGCUUCUAAUGGAGCUGCUUUUUUACAAGAAUUUGUGGAAAAAUUACCUUUUCUGCACUGCGAUAUCGCUGGAACUGCUUGA